GAGAUGGAAGUGCCCACUCCCUCCCAAACACUUAAGCCUCCCAAUCUCAAAGCAGAGUCUUUGGACCCAAAGGUUGUCAUUGCCUUAUUUGAAAUUGGAUCACUUCCCCCCGUCUCCUGCAGUCCUCUACCUUCCCCCCUAAACAGUAACCAUGAAGCAACUGAACAACGAAUUGCAAGGAAAUUUGACGAUCUCUUAAAAGAAAUUAAAGAUAUUGUUCAAAACAUGACAAGUUAUGAAGAGAAGGUCAAAGAAACAAAAGAAUCUUGGGAGGAAACCAGUAUCUCUGAGGAUGUAUCAGAACUUAAAGAAAAAAUCAGAGGACUUGGUAAAAUAAAUGAAACACUGUUGAAAAAACUGCUUGGUAGUUUGGACCUAGAGAAAGAAAAUGCAAAGAAACAAGAGAUGAUGUCAGAAAAGCAGAAUUCCAAGGACACAGUGCAAGGUUUUGCAAAGGAUUUGGUAAAUUGUUCAGAGGAAAAAAGAGGCCUUUGUGAAACUCACCUAAGUAAGGAAAAAGCAAGGUACGAGCUCCCUCACGUUCAAGAAGAAAAUAUCAAACUGAAGAACAGCAUGGAGCAGUUAUUGCAGGAAGCAGACCACUGGAGCAUGCAACAUACAGAACUUAGUGAACUAAUCAAAUCCUAUCAGAAAUCUCAGAAAGACAUAAAAACUCUUGAAAAUGAUGGAGCCAAGUCCCAAACUCAACCAGAUAGUGAGACAUCAGCUAAGCAUGAGCUGGAAGAACAAGUGAGGAAACUGAAACAAGACACAUAUUCAUUGCAUUUGAUUGCAGCUUUGCUGGAGAAUGAAUGUCAAAUCUUAGAGCAGAGAGUAGAGCUUCUCAAGGAACUCCAUCAUCAGAAAGAGGAACCUCUACAAGAGGAGCCAAGCCAAAUAGACUGUGAGCCAAACAAGAAAGAACAGAAGCUAUCAGAGGCAGAGAAGGUCAAAAUAUACAAGCAAAACAUGCAAAGAAUGGAAGGUACAUUUCAAAAAGGAGACCAAUUCUAUAGAAGCCUAGAUGCUUGUCAUAAAAAGAAAGCUCGUAAUAACCUGUUCAAUACUCAUCUUGCAAGAAGAGCUCUUAUAAGAAAAAAGAGGCCAGCCAGCAGCCUAAAUUAA